AUGGUUAAAGAACAGUAUAGAGAAACUAAUAUAGCCAAAAUGAUAUCACAUGUUUGUUUUGGAGUAGACAGCCCCGAAGUCAUUCAGCAACAAGCUCAUAUUCAUGUGGUUGGUAAAAAUCUUUACAAUCAAGAUGCUCCCAGAACACCUGUUGCUUAUGGAGUAUUGGACAGGCAAAUGGGAACCAAUACUAAAGAUGCAACUUGCACAACUUGUAACAAAGGUUUGGCAGAUUGUAUAGGUCAUUUUGGUUACAUAAAUCUAGAACUACCUGUAUUUCAUAUUGGUUACUUUCGAUCUGUCAUCAUGAUACUACAGACAAUAUGCAAGACCUGCUCUAAAGUUUUACUUCCAGAGGAUUUGAAAAAAACAUAUAGGUUAAGGCUACAAAAUCCUAAAUUUUUAUAUUUAGCUAGAAAAGCAUUAAGAAAGCAAAUACAUGAAAAAGCAAAAAAAAUUUCAAUUUGCCCUUAUUGUCAAAGUCUUAAUGGAGUUGUCAAAAAAUGUGGAUUGUUAAAAUUAGUUCAUGAAAAAUUCAGGGGAAGCAAAUCUACCACAGAUGCUUUGAUGGCUAAACAUAUUCAGGCUUACAACAAUGUUUUAGAAUAUGAUAGAGAAUUAGAAAGUGUGAUUGCAAGUGGUGUAGCAUUUAUCUUAACUCCUUUAGAUGUUUUGAAUUUGUUGGAGAGAAUACCUGAAGACGAUGUUUGUCUGCUAUGCAUGAAUCCAGCAAUGGUACAUCCUAGAGAUUUAAUGCUUACAAGAUUGCCAGUUCCUCCUUUAUGUGUUCGUCCAUCUGUGAUUUCAGAACUUAAAUCUGGUACAAAUGAAGAUGAUUUAACAAUGAAACUAUCUGAAAUAAUUUUUAUUAAUGAUGUCAUUCAAAAACAUAGACAAUCAGGAGCAAAAGUUCAUAUGAUAAAUGAAGAUUGGGAUUUUUUACAACUUCAUUGUGCAUUAUAUAUUAAUAGUGAAACCACAGGUAUACCUCUUAGUAUGCAACCCAAAAAAGCUACAAGAGGAUUAGUUCAAAGGCUUAAAGGAAAACAAGGUCGAUUUCGAGGGAAUCUUUCUGGAAAACGAGUGGAUUUUUCAAGUAGAACAGUAAUAUCACCAGACCCAAAUCUUCAAAUUGAUCAAGUAGGUGUUCCUGAACAUGUUGCAAAAAUAUUAACAUUUCCAGAAAAAGUUAAUAGGGCAAAUAUUUUUUUAUUACGAGAAUUAGUGAGAAACGGACCUGACACCCAUCCUGGGGCUAAUUUUGUGGAAGAUCGCAAUGGAAAUAGUAAACGGUAUUUGCGUUACGGUAAUAGAAGUAAAAUAUCAUCAGAACUUAAAUUUGGAGAUGUUGUCGAGCGUCAUUUGAUAGAUGAUGAUAUUGUGCUAUUUAAUCGUCAACCAAGUUUACAUAAACUCAGUAUUAUGGCUCAUCGGGCUAAAGUUCUUAAGCACAGAACUUUUCGUUUUAAUGAAUGCGUUUGUACGCCGUAUAAUGCUGAUUUUGAUGGGGAUGAAAUGAAUUUACAUUUACCUCAAACCCUUGAGGCUAAAGCAGAAGCUCUUGUGUUAAUGAGUAAUAAAGCAAAUUUAGCAACUCCUAGGAAUGGAGAACUGUUAAUUGCUGCCACUCAAGAUUUUAUCACAGGCGCAUAUUUAUUAACACAAAAAAAUACUUUUUUCACUCAAGCUAAAGCCAAUUGGUUAUUGGCUUGUAUUUUAGCUGGAAAAGAUGCAAAUCUACAUAUUGAUCUCCCACCACCAGCUAUUAUAAAGCCCAUGCGGUUGUGGACAGCGAAACAAAUUUUCAGUGUUAUUUUAAAACCGAAUAAAAAAUGUAAAAUAGUUUGUAAUUUAAGAACUAAAGGAAAAGCUUAUACUUCGCGGGAGGAGAUGUGCGUUAAUGAUUCAUUUGUUUUAAUUAGAAAUUCCGUGUUAUUAGCCGGAACAAUGGAUAAAGGAACAUUAGGUUCAGGAUCAAAAGACAAUAUCCUGUAUAUUCUCUUACGAGAUUGGGGAGAAGAUGCAGCUGCAACUGUCAUGUGGAGAUUGGCUAGAAUAGCAUCUUGGUUUUUGAUGAAUAGAGGCUUUUCCAUUGGGCUGGGAGACGUUACUCCUGGAGUCGGGCUUUUAAGAGCCAAGGAAAAAUUAUUAAACGCUGGGUACUCAAAAUGUGUAGAGUACAUUAAAGCAAUGGAAGCGGGAAAAUUACCGUGCCAACCUGGCUGUACUAUUGAUGAAACAUUAGAAGCCGUUAUACUUAAAGAAUUAUCAGUUAUCAGGGAUCAUGCUGGUAAAGCUUGUCUUCAAGAGCUUCAUUCUAGUAACAGUCCGCUUAUCAUGGCAUUGUGCGGAUCGAAAGGGUCAUUUAUUAACAUUUCUCAAAUGAUAGCCUGCGUAGGUCAACAAGCUAUAAGUGGAAAGCGUGUUCCUGACAAAUUUGAAAAUAGAGCACUACCGCAAUUCGAAAGAUACACUAAAAUACCGGCUGCUAAAGGUUUUGUAGAAAACAGUUUUUAUUCUUCCCUUACACCUACGGAGUUUUUUUUUCAUACAAUGGGAGGGCGAGAGGGAUUAGUCGAUACUGCAGUAAAAACCGCUGAAACUGGUUACAUGCAACGACGUUUGGUUAAGGCAUUAGAAGAUUUGUGCGUUCAAUAUGAUAUGACGGUUAGAAACUCCAUGGGAGAGAUUAUUCAAUUUAACUACGGAGGUGACGGACUAGAUCCAACUUACAUGGAAGGAAAGGAUUGCCCGGUGAAUUUUCAACGAACUUUGGAUCACAUCAGAGCAAAAUAUCCUUACAGAGAGGAAGAGGCGUUAGAUUCAAUCAGCGUUGAAAAAGCAACCGAUGAAUUGCUAAACACGGAAGAAUUCGGAGUUUGUGACGACGUAUUUAAAUUCGAUUUAAAAAAUUUCAUGAGCGGAAUAGUUCGAAAAAUGGCGUUAACGAGACAAAAAUUCGGAUAUAACGAAAGGAACCUAUCAGACAUUCCGAAAGCAAUAAUACAAAUCGAGCGUUUGACCGUCAGUCAAAUCGUGGAAUUUUUUCAAAUUUGCAGAAAAAAAUAUUUAAGAGCCAAAGUCGAAGCUGGGACAGCUGUUGGAGCUUUAGCAGCUCAAAGUAUCGGCGAGCCAGGUACUCAAAUGACUUUAAAAACUUUUCAUUUUGCCGGUGUGGCUUCAAUGAACAUCACUCAAGGAGUUCCCCGCAUAAAAGAAAUAAUUAAUGCCAGUAAAAAAAUCAGCACUCCAAUAAUAACAGCAUAUUUAGAAAAUGAUUCAGAUGCUGAAUUUGCUCGAAGAGUAAAGGGAAGAAUUGAAAAAACGACAUUGGGUGAAAUAUCGGAAUAUAUAGAAGAAGUAUUUUUGCCUGAUGAUUUUUUCAUAAUAGUUAAAUUAGAUGUCGACCGAAUAAAACUUCUUAAAUUAGAAGUGGAUGCCAAUUCGAUUAAAUACACUUUAUGCACGGCUAGGCUUAAAGUUAACGUCGAGGUUGUGAGUGACACCAUUUUAAAAGUGACUCCGAUCAAAACAAAAAACGCGGAUCGUAUUAAUUACGUACUCCAAUCCCUAAAAAAAAGUCUUCCGAAUAUCGUGAUAAAAGGUCUGAGCGCUGUGAACAGAGCCGUCAUACAUCACGAUGACAGCAAGGGUGGAACAAAAUACAAAUUGUUUGUCGAAGGCUACAAUUUAGGUGAAGUUAUGGCUACCAACGGAGUUUUGGGUACCAAAACAACAUCUAAUAAUAUUUUCGAAGUUUUUACGUAUUUGGGCAUAGAAGCUGCGAGGCAAACAAUAAUUUCCGAAAUAAAAAUGGUUAUGGAAAAUCACGGUAUGAGUAUCGAUCGAAGACAUAUAAUGCUUUUGGCCGAUUUGAUGACAAGUCGAGGAGAGGUUCUCGGUAUAACCAGGCACGGUUUGGUUAAAAUGAAAGAAUCCGUUUUAAAUCUCGCAUCGUUCGAACGAACAGCAGAUCAUUUAUUCGAUGCAGCAUAUUAUGGACAAACGGAUGCGAUUACGGGAGUAAGCGAAUCCAUCAUCAUGGGCCUACCCGUAUCGGUCGGCACAGGAUUGUUCAAACUCGAAAAAAGAUGA